AUGUCAGCUAUCAAUGACACCAAAUUCAAUUCUGCAGUGUUCCUUCUCACUGGGAUACCAGGGAAGGAAGACAUCCAUUUCUGGGUUUCUAUCUUCUUCUGUUUAGUGUAUGUUAUUUCGAUAAUAGGAAAUUCAAUCAUUCUGUUCACUAUAAAAACAGAUCCAACCCUCCAUGAGCCCAUGUACAUUUUCCUUUCCAUGUUGGCAGUCAUAGACCUUGGCUUAUUGAUAGCCACUAUGCCGACGAUAUUGGGCAUAUUCUUGUUUAACUCUAGGGAAAUCAGCUUUAAUGCCUGUUUUACUCAAUUGUUCUUUAUUCACUCUCUUCAAUGCAUUGAAUCUUCCGUGCUCUUGUUGAUGGCCUUUGACCGCUAUGUCGCAAUCUGUAACCCACUGAGAUAUGCUUCCAUCUUAACCCUGCCGAGAAUAGCCAAGAUGGGACUGGUGUGUGUGCUAAGAGGAACAGCCAUAAUAUUCCCACUCCCCCUUCUCCUGAAACAGUUCCAAUACUGUCGAGUCAAUGUCCUGUCUCAUUCCUACUGUGCGCACCAGGAAGUCAUGAAUUUGGCUUGUUCAGACAUCACAGUCAACAACGUCUAUG